AUGAGACAUUUAACUUGUGAAGCGGCACCUGCAAAGCCUCCUCAGGUGGAUCGCUCCAAGACGCACAAAAACGCUAUGUUGGAAAAAACGUAUCAGACUGAGAGGUUACUGAAAAAAGCAAUAAAGAAUUCACAAUGGUUCACGAAGCCACGUACGUCAAAAACAAUCAGCGACUGUCCAUUCACAUGGAAAAUGUCAGAACCACAGCAUAAUCGACUCCCAAGACAUGUUGUUGAGGCUGAGUGUAUCAGCUGUAGUCUGUCGUGUAAGCCUCUUGUUUACCAUCUAACUGUACGAAUUAAUGAUGGACCAAAUAAAAGGUAUUGGACAACAAUUCCAGUAAAAGUGGCUUAUAUCUAUGACCUUCAAUGGAGAUGA